CCGUCUGUGCCAAGGGUUUAAUUUUGAAUUCUCUUAGAUGCUUCAGCCUGAGAGGACCUUGCACAGACUCUGUUUACCUCCCGGGGCUCUUAUACUAAAGGAAUGACCAAGCACAAAUACCGAAGAAGAAGGAAGUUGAGAGCCAGAACCAAAAUGUUCAUCAAAAACAGAAAAGCUAGUCCCUCUGAUCCUGUUCCAUCACUUCUUCCUCCUUCCCCUCAUUCCUGUCCUUCUUCACCUCCAACUCUGCCUCCACCUGAGAGGAUGAUAGAUGCCUCUCCCACAAACUCAUGUUGUGGUCAAAUUUGUCCAACAUUAGCCUGGAGCAAAACAUUUUCCAGCAUGAAAAAUCUAAUGACAUUCCUAGCAGAGAAGUUGUGGUCUUUCUAUUGCUGUUGCCAGAGCAAUAUUACACAGAAUUUAGAGAUGUUGAAAGACCUCCUAUUUCCAUCCCGUAUCUACUUCCGGGAACUCAGCAUGAUCAGACAGCAGGUUGACAAGCUGGAAAAUGAAUUCUGCAAGCUCCAGGAAACACUGAAGACCUCUACCUCCGAGCGUCCUUCUUGCCAGGAUUGCCAUAAAACAUGUCACUUGAGGACUCAACUUCCAGAGGAUCUUGCUCAAGCUCAAACCACUGUCAGAGAAUUAGCAUCCAUACUCCCACCUGUGACACUGAAGCCUGUGGUUCUCCUUCCUCCUCUUCCUCCCCCACCUCCUCCACCCCCUCUACCACCUCCACCGCCUCUCCCUCUUCCACUCCACUCAGCACCUUUGUUGCUCAAAAAAGCCGAUAGUACCAAAAUACUUCAGGCUGCACCAUUAAAACAAGAUGUGCCCAUGCAUAUAACUGUUAAAGAUCUGCUUACUGUGAAGUUAAAGAAGACACAGAGUUCUACCCAUAGGAGUAAGAUUCUGUCAUCACCGAAGGAACGAAAGCCACUGGUUACAGUCUCUGAUCUUCAGAGUAUCUCCCUGAAACCUCAGUCCAAAUUUCCAGCAACUCACAUCACAAAUGUGAUAUUCACUCCCAGAAAAGGCCAAGUGGAUCUGAGGAAACUUCUUAGGAAAGUCAACAUAGAUAGGAGCCCAGGAGGAACCCCUCUCAUCAAUAAAGAAAAUAUGGAAACUGGAACAGGGUUGACCCCAAUAAUGACCAAGGCCUUACGUCGAAAGUUUCAGCUGGCUCACCCAAAGAGCCCAUCCCAAGCUCCAUUACUUUCUGCAAACAGCUUUGAGGAAUAAAAUUGAUGUCAAUCAUGGAUCAUGUUUGAAGAUGAAAUAUUAAAUAGAUGUACUCAAAUGUCAUUUUUAAGGAUUCCCAAACCCCAUAAUUCAUCCAUUGUGUGUCUACACAGCAAAAAAUAUAGAUCUAAACAUUGUUUACUUGUUUCAAUUAGUAAACAUGUCUAAAUAGCCUAUUAGUUUUUUUGCCCUUGGUUGCCUAGAUGAUCACACUUAAUUAAGUAUCUGUCAUAUCUUUUCUCUAAUUUGUCAUGAUAGGAUAUUUUGAAUGACUGACUUAGAUCUCAUUCAUUUUAAGAACAGUCAUUUGUAUUUGCUACAUUUGCCACCCAACAAAUAAAUAGACAAUAGCGGUUGCAGCCAUACCUAUCUUUAUCUAAACAAGUAAGAGAUAGGAGCCUGAUGGCUACCUAAAAGGUACAACACACUUCUUCCACUAUAUUGUGUAGUCAUUUCUAGCUCACCAUCAUGCCCUAGUAGCCCCUUACUUUUCAUAUACUGUAUUCAAGAAGCCAAGGGGAAGUUUCAUGGACAGCCCCAAUAAGUACUAUGCUUCUUCUACUCUACCUCCUCCCAAUGGCUGCAUGAGCUCUAAAGUUGGCUCUGGGCACAAGGACCAUUCUUUUGUACUUCUAGCUAUAGAGCAGAGGGAGCUGUCAUUAAGUACAAAACCAGGUCUGGGGCUGUUCAAGAAAUUCAUCUGCUACUUUAAGAAUGAGGACAACAGUCAAUGAAUGAGGCAGUGAGGAUAGCAAGGGUAGGAAGCACAGGAUCACAAAACCUCAAUAAGCUUACUAUCUUUCUGGGAAAAACUGUAAUAUGAGACAAAUACAGGAUCCUUGGAGAGUUCCUAAGCCAAAAAUCUAGUUUAGGAAGUUUCCUAAAAUAUCUAGUAAUGUUCAAACCUUGGUCUAAGUACAAUGGCCCUAGGAAAUCCCCAUCUGAGUUCCGAGGCUGUCUAUUCCACCUAGGCCCUUUAUUAGACAAUCAUAUUUUUGAGAUACACAAACAGGUGUCUUUAACACCCCCAAUGGUAAAUACAGAAAUAAUAGUAAGACACACAUGCCAAAAAUGAAAUGUACUAGAAAAAAACAACAACAACCUGUUGACUGUUCUUGUAAAAGUCAAGAACUAAGGGAAUGCUCCUGGAGGAAGACAGUUCAUUUCUUGUUGCAGAAUGGUAUUUUGCAAGGCAUAAAUGAAGUUUACAAUAGCUCUACUCUGUACUGUGUUCACUUUACAAAUAACUUGAUAAUUCACAAACGAUGAAUACUGUUGUACCUCUUUGGUUACCAAAAAAUUGAAAAGGUUCUAUAAUAGGUAUUCAGAGGGAAGGUUUUAUAGGCAUCUGAUAACUAUAUAGGUAUAUGCAAAUUAUAUAUUUGUAAAGCUGCUACUGCCAUCAUACCAGUAUUAAGAAAUAUUACAUGCUCCCCAGGUUUACUUUUAGCUUUUACUAAGCUCUUAUCACAGCUUGCUUUGUAUUUUUCAUAAUUCUGUAAACCUAGGGCUCCUUAAAACCACUAUGUAGUGUAUGCUUUGUUAUUAAGAUUGAGUGAUAACAAAAUCAGGCCAACAAUUCUGGGGCCACUUAGCUAUUUUUAACAAUAAAAUUUUUAUAAUAAAUGAUGGA